AUGGAGACAAAAGGGAGACAAAAAGGGGACAAAAAUGAGACGAAAAAGGAGAAAAAAGAUCAAAAAAUGAAAAAAAAGGAAAACAAAGAAGCAAAACUUGCCUUCUGGGGCUAUGUAGACGAUCCCCAACGAUCCCAGACGAUCCCCAACGAUCCCAAAGACCCCACAAAAGGACUGGCCUGUGAGGAUGUCUCCGACUUGGAGGGAAGGGGAAGGGACGAAGUGCCACUUCUUGUCGGGGUCGAGGGCCUGGGCCUCGCAGCCCUUGGAGAUGAAGACGGAGCCCGAAGCAGCAGCAAUGCGCUCCAGCGGGCGCUGAAUCCCGUCGAAUAUCCCGUCCAGCAGCCCUGCGCAGCAGCAGCAGCAGCAGCAGCAGCAGCGCGGCGCUGCAGCAGCAGCAGCACAGCGCUGCAGCAGCAGCAGCAGCAGCAGCGCGGCGCUGCAGCAGCAGCAGCACAGCGCUGCAGCAGCAGCACCAGCAGCGCGGCGCUGCAGCAGCACAGCGCUGCGGCAGCAGCAGCAGCAGCGCGACGCUGCAGCAGCAGCAGCACAGCGCCGCAGCAGCAGCAGCAGCAGCAGCGCGGCGCUGUAGCAGCAGCAGCACAGCGCUGCAGCAGCAGCACCAGCAGCGCGGCGCUGCAGCAGCAGCAGCACAGCGCUGCAGCAGCAGCAGCAGCAGCGGGGAAGGCCGGUGGCGAAACGGAGAAGCAGCACCACCGGAACACGCAGUCGCAGCGUAUGGUGGGGAGGCCUCCAACAGCAGCAGCAAGUGCAGCAGCAGCAGCAACAGCAGCAGCAGCAAGGGUAAAAGCAGCACAACACGAAAAUCCUAUGAUACGUUAA